AGUGGCUACCCAUUAAUAGUAAGUAUCACAAGAAACCAUGGCCCCAGAUAUUGCCCACCAUGAAGGCAGCAGCAGCAAUGAUGAACACUGUCACUCUCUCUAGUGGGAGCUCAACAUUUUGGCACAAACCCAUUUCAAGAAUCAACCAGAAUUUCAAAAUUAGAGCAUCAAUUUCCACCUCAGACAACAUGGUUGCUCCUGCUAUCAUAGUUGGAGGUGGACGUGUGGGAAGAGCUUUACAAGAUUUAGGUAAAGGAGACGAUGUUUUGGUUAAAAGGGGUGAACCAGUACCUAUUGAUUUUGUAGGUCCAAUAUUGGUUUGCACUAGGAAUGAUGAUCUUGAAGCUGUACUUGAAGCUACUCCUAAAUCUCGUUGGAGCGAUUUGGUAUUUUUCCAGAAUGGGAUGCUAGAGCCUUGGUUCCAAAGUAAAGGCCUUGGUGAUGCAGACCAAGUUUUGGCAUAUUUUGCUGUAUCAAAGCUUGGUGAACCACCAACUGAUGGGAAAACUGAUACAAAUCCAGAAGGAUUGACUGCGGCUUAUGGGAAAUGGGCAUCUGCAGUGGCUGCAAGAUUGCAGAAUGGAGGACUCUCUUGCAAGGUACUUGAUAAGGAGCCUUUUCAGAAGCAAAUGCUGGAGAAGCUUAUAUGGAUAUGUGCUUUCAUGCUUGUUGGAGCUCGCCAUCCUGGAGCAACAGUAGGAGCUGUUGAAAAAGAGUACCGCUCUGAGGUGUCAAAACUGAUUGCUGAGCUUGCGGCUGCAGCAGCUGCAGAGAAAAGUCUAGUUUUUGAGGAUGCCAUGGAGGAUAGGCUCUGCGCUUACUCACGAGCAGUUGCACACUUUCCAACGGCUGUCAAGGAGUUCAAAUGGAGAAACGGAUGGUUCUAUUCACUCUCUGAGAAGGCAAUCGCACAAGGGAAACCAGAUCCAUGCCCAUUACAUACUGCAUGGCUUAAAGAACUAAAAAUAGUCUAAGAUAUAACCGUUAUUUGAUAUUAUUAUGAUUGUUGAGGUCCUCUGUUUUUCUUUUGGAGGAUGCAUGCAUAUGAUAAGAGCUGAUGUAUCAAUUCAAUUUAAUUAAAAAUCGUCCUCCUAUUUCAUAUCA